AUGUCCCAACCGCAAGUUGAAUACCGCCGUCUUGGAAACUCUGGGCUGCGCGUCAGCGUGCCCAUCCUCGGGGCGAUGUCCUUUGGAUCGAAGCUGCAGAUGCCAUGGGUGAUCGAGGAAGAAGAAGCGUUGCAGCUGCUCAAAGCUGCGUGGGAUCGGGGGAUCAACACGUGGGACACGGCCAACGUCUACUCUGCAGGAGAGAGCGAGCGCAUCAUCGCCAAAGCGAUCAAGAAGUUCAACAUCCCCCGUCACAAGCUGAUCAUCAUGACAAAGUGCAAGGGGUUGGUGCCUGAAGAUCUUCGCGUGCGGGGGAACGAACACACGCGCCAUCUCGCCUACUCGAAGGAGUACAUCAAUCAGUGGGGCCUGUCCCGCACGGCCAUCUUCAACCAAGUCGAAGCCAGCCUGAAGCGCCUCGACACGACCUACAUCGACCUAUAUCAGAUUCACCGUGCGGAUCCCGAGGUCCCGUUCGAAGAGACGAUGCUUGCGCUCCACGACAUCGUCAAGGCCGGGAAGGUGCGGUACAUCGGGGCAAGCAGCAUGUGGACGUGGCAGCUAGCGGAAUACCAGCAUGCGGCAGAACGAAACGGGUGGACGCAGUUCGUCAGCAUGCAGAACCAUUUCUCCCUGCUGUAUCGGGAAGAACAGAGGGAGAUGGUGCCUUACUGCAACUACAAGGGUAUUGGGCUUAUCCCCUGGGGCCCUGUUGCUGCUGGACAGCUCGCCAGGUCCUUGGAGCAGCAGAAGACGACCGCCCGCGCUGAGGGAGCGAACAGGAACUUGACGAGCGCGGACGAGGAGAUCAUCAGGCGUGUGGAGGAGGUGAGCAAGAAGCGGGGAUGGACGAUGGCGCAGGUUGCGCUCGCUUGGAUUGACGAUAAGGUUUCGAGUCCUAUUGUGGGUUUCUCCUCGGUGCACAGGAUGGAGGAGGCGAUCAUCCCUGAUAAGAAGCUCACGGCAGAGGAAAAGAAGUACUUGGAAGAGCCGUACCAGCCUACGGUUAUCAAGGGCCAUGACUAG